GUUUCCCGUUCCCUUCCGUUUUCGAAAGAAAGGAAUUUAAACCAUGGAAUUGGGGGACAAACCUUACAUUUCCCGGCUGUUAUGUUUCCCCCCACCUUUUACGGUUCGAGUUUUUGCUUGCUUGGCUCGGAUCGGGUUUUUUUGUGUGAGGCAGAAAACGGGAUAUCAUGCGGGAUGGUGUUGUUGUUGCUGUUUGUCGUUUUAACGGUUGUACUUAUUGGGGUGAGGGAGAGAAGAAGAGAGAGAUCUGGUGUGGUGGUCCCAUUCCACCACUGCAGACAAUUCAAUCAAAUAAAGAGGAUGGUUUGGGUUGUUUACAGUGGCUGUGUUUGGAAAUUAUGGUGCAAUGCUGGCCCCGGUCUUAGGCUGUUAUUUAGUAUAAGCCUGGACUAUCUUAAAUAUCACCCAAUUUCUUUUUUUGUCGUCAGCCCUGUCAUUAUAAGGUUGUAUUGGACGUCCGUGCGUUUGUAUGCUAAUACAACGCACGUUCUCAUAACGGAUGAACCGUUGUAGAUGACUGAUAUACGCGGCUAUGGUAAGUAAUAGCAUCUGGCAAUCAGUCUGACCAUCCCUCUCGUAGAUCACCCGCCAUCCCGUUUCAUUCUCACCCCACUCGCUGUCGCCUAUCCGUCAUAUUCCUCCGUCCAGCCUGAUCGCUCAAUCCGUUCCGU